ACUUGUCACCAAGUGUCCCGAUGUUGCAGGUGUUGGUGGUGGACACAAGCGUCACCACUUGUCACCAAGUGUCCCGAUGUUGCAGGUGCUGGUGGUGGACACAAGCGUCACCACUUGUCACCAAGUGUCCCGAUGUUGCAGGUGUUGGUGGUGGACUCUCGCACCUUCUGCGAGUACAACACCAGUCACGUGGUGGGUGCAGUCAACGUCUGGUCGUCCAAGAUAAGAAAGAAGAGACUGCAGCAAAACUCGAUGAGCGUGCGGGACUACGUGGCCAGCGCGUGUGAAGGCCGCGCGUGUGGUCCGUGUGGUCCGUGGGGGGAGGUGGUGGUCUACGACCUCAGCGCCCCCAGCCUCGCCGCGGUGCCCCACGACUCCUUCCUCUACGUCCUCCUGGACAAACUGGCCUCCUCCUACAGACACGUCCAGCUCCUUGUUGGAGGGUUCUUGGGGUUCCAGGCAGCGCAUCCCGACUGCUGCGAGGACGCGGGUCAGAAAUGCUCGCCGCUGACGUCGCUGUCGCAGCCCUGCCUGCCCGUCGCCAACACGGGCCCUACCAGGGUCCUGCCCUUCCUCUACCUGGGGUCCCAGCACGACGCUAACAACAAGCAGAUGUUGCAGGAUCACUGCAUCCUGUACGAGGUGAACGUGAGCAUCUCGUGUCCUAAGCCGGACUUCGUGCAGGACUCGCACUUCCUACGCAUCCCCGUCAACGACAACUUCAGCGAGAAGCUUACGCCUUAUUUCUUCGACGCCUUCAGGUUCAUAGACAAGGUCCGGGAGUCAGGGGGCAGCGUUCUGGUGCACUGCCUGGCUGGCAUCUCCCGCUCUGCUACCGUGGCUAUAGCUUACGUCAUGAAACACCUGCACCUGCCUUAUGAGGAGGCUUACAGGUACGUUAAGAAUCGCCGACCCACAAUAUCCCCCAACAUCAACUUCGUCGGGCAGCUGCUGGAGCUGGACCGAGUUUUGCGGACGGACGGCGCACUCUGUGACCCGUCAUCCGCACCUGCGUCGUUCCGACAACCCUGCGGUAACAUGACCGCAUCACCUUACGGCUCCACCAUCACCAACAUCACCAACCCAGCGUCUUCUUAUACUUCUCUUAGCCUUGACUACGCCAUUAAUAACAAAAACUACAAUAACAGAUCUUCGACGGGAGGUGUUCUGAGUGACGUCACGUCUUCGUCAUCGUGUUAUUUGGUGCCCACGGCUGGCAGUGCCCUGCAGAGGAGCGAUAAAUGCGCUAAUGUUGUAGGAGCGAGCGACUCCUGGCAGUCCUUCAACAGGUCUGUUGUGAAGUCUUGCAGUCGUACGACCAGCGACUUGCAUGUAGAAAAUAGCAACUACUCGGUGGUGUCUUCCGUUGGCUGUAAAUUUGGCGGUGGAAGCACCAGUAAUGUUUCCCGGACGCUUAUCACUCAAGAUGAAGGCCCUUCGAAGGCUGCGCGCUUGACGCCCUCCGGCGCAGCCCUUGGUGUUCUGCCGCGGUGCCCCUCCGACUCCGCGGCUUGUAAAGCCCUUCGGGAUGAGGCGAGACUCGCAUGCUUGGGGUGCCCCAAAGGAGCGGUUCACUCUGGCAUUACGCGAUCUUUGAGCCUUAACUUAAAGAGCACGCUUGAGGCCGUGCCUGGUUCCCCAGGCUCCACCCCUCAGUCCCCAGAAUAUCCCGUUGCGACUAACAUCCAUCUUAGUUCAUCCCAGUCGACGCCACUCCCCAUCCUCACCCCUGAGUCUGGGGAGCGUGCCACUCACCUCUACUCCCCGUCGUCCCUUUCCUCCUCUCUUAGCUCCCCAAUGUCGGGUGUGGCUACUCCAGUGAUUGGGCCAUCUAGACUCACUUUCAACACCAUGGGCGCUAAUAUAAGUCCGAGGAGUUCAUUUUCAUGUUCAGAUCCAACAGGGACAGGACAAAGUCUUAGAUCUCCUACAAUAAUCAAAGUGCAAAAGAGUCCAACCAUCAUGGAGAACAUUUUCGACCGUCAAUACUCUGCCAUGAAUGCGCGUAAUGAGAACCUCAACAGCCAGAAGAACAUCAAGAACAGUCAGAAGAACUUGUAUAGUAGCACAGCCACGAUCAGCGUAGCUGGAUCUGAUGCUACGGAUGACAGCUGCCGUCCUCGGUCAGUGUGCAUUAUAGAGGUGAACGCUAACCCUCCCGUCACCUACGUAGAAAACUGCUCCACUGAACCCAUGAUCGUCAGGGAAACUGAAGUAAUGGCAACACCUUCAUCUAUGGCCGAGCUUAUAAGCUUUAGGAAUGCUACGGCAGUUGAAUGUUCUAAUAAUGCUUCCAAUAAUAAUAAUGUAUAUGCUAAUAUGAGUUGUACUUCUGAACCGCUUAAUACCGACACAUGUGCGACAAAUAAUCUUAAUUGCGCGGCUACAAAUAAAAGUUCCUCAUCUUCUAGUUCCUCUAAUCUGGUGCAGCGUUGUCAGGGAAUGCCUUCCUUGGACGAUAACGACAGCCGAUCAAGCGUCGUACGCCACACUUUAGUUCCUAUCCGAGCGUCGUCUAGUUUUGGCAGCAUCAUAGACCGACCAAAGGUCCUGGAACUCUGCACUCCAAUGUUCACACGACGACCGGGUGCUGGGGGUGGCCCGGGGGAUGGUGGUAUGAUCAUGGGUGACUGCACCUGGCAAAAUCGCUCAUCCAGCGACCUGGAACCGAGUGAUCCUUCCACUGCACCACGCCCAGAGCCUCCUGCAUUGCCCUGUAGCAACGAUAUGCCCGGUGACAGUAACAACAACAACAACAACACCGAAACUUUCGCGGACCAAGAAGCUGUAGUCGAGUCCAAUGCCGAGACGAUGUCCGUGACUGGGUCUUCGGAGGACACAGCCAGUGAGUUUGGUGCCGUGCAGAGCGACUCGGGUGUUAGCUUCGAGACGGACCUCUACCCUGGGGGGACGUCUCGAGCCAUACCUCGCUGCUAUUCGUCCAGCGAGACGCACCUCAACACGAGACGUCUCUUGGAGGCGCAUGGAGACUACGCGACGCGUAAGUCCUGCAGCAACGACGAGGUCCCUAGGACUUGGUCCCUGCACAGACCCCUCACGACCGCCGGCAGCAACCCUCUGUCUGUCAGAGACGAUACUUCAGACGACCAGAUGCAUGGUGUUGCCAACCAGUGGCACUACCCCGGCGAGCUGGUGCGCUGCGACAGCUGGUCCACCAGCGGCCUGGGGUCGGAGCUCUCGGACUGGGAGAGCCUUCAGGAGGACGUCAACUCGACGCACUGCGACGACGCACUCGGGCCAUUCGACGCAGUUUUUUCCGACGUUUUUCCAGGGGAAAAAACAGACUCGCUGAGCUCGGCCAGCCAACUUUACAUGCGAGUUUUCCCUGCCAGACUUUUUGAGGACGGGGCAGUGAGAUCGCCUUCUGCAGAAGAGCGUCUCGGGGACGACAAAGCCGCGUGUCCGGUCUCAGGUCCCGGUGGAGACCGAAGACCGCGGCAUCACUCGUUCAAAGAGCAGCGCGGUGUCCGGCCCCAGCAACAGAUCCUUCUUGGGCCCGGAAAACUGAUCCCCUUGGCCCGCCCUGCAAGCUUGCCUGGAGUCAUGGGCUCUUACCUUGCCCAGACUCGCAGCGAUGACGACGAUGGUGUGGAGCUGAGGUCUGUCAGUGGCAGAGGCCGCGGCAUUCAGCGGUCCUGCGGGUCCCGGGACAGCGGCACCAGCGGCUGCGGCUUGAGAGGCAGCGGCACGCCCUCUGAGUCUGCCACUGGAGUUCAGCGGAAUGACUCGGGGUAUUAUUCUGUGGGAGACCCGCCUGCCUCCACUAGGGGAGACCCUGCCUGUAGUGCUGGUCCUGGCAUGUGCUGCGAGGCUGAGGUUGACAGCUGCCUCGGCAAGCCUCAAGGCCCGAAGACGCGUCAACAGCCUCCCAACAAGUUGAUGCUCAAUCCUCUUCAGCCUCCUCUUCCAAAACCCGUCCCCUUCCGCCCUCCUCGGUCCACAGGUCCUUCCUCUUUGUCAUCACCCACGAAGACAGCGUCUUCUUCUCCUAAAGCUGCUCCAAGACGGACAUCUCCUACGAAAUCCCCGUCGCCGCAGAAAACCUCUUCCCCAACCAAGUUGCCCCAUCAGCUUCCCCCUUCGUCCCCAACACGCAAGUCAUCCUGUUCCCCUCCUAAGACUCCGGCGUCCCCACAACCUCGCAUUUUUGGGGCUUCAACCUUCUACCUGCCAGGGGACUUCAAAGAAUCUCCUCCGUAUCUCUCUCCUGACAAGGUUUCCUCAUUGAGUCCUUCGGUCCUGAGCAAAACAAACGUGCGUCCCGGGGCGUUGCUCUGCAAGAACCACGACAUCAGCAACACCAUAACCUCCUUCAAUAACAACAGCAAUAGCUGUGACGGCAACAAUAUGAUAAACGAAAUAAAGAGCAAUGUUUUUGUUUCUAGGGUGGCUGUUCCUGAGCGCCGUGUUGGCAAACCCAAGACAAUCUUAACAUCCAGGUCCGCUCCAGCUUUUAGUGCGGCCAAAUUGGGUCCACGGAACUGUCUGGGAUCAUUGUCGGGCCGGUCCCCCAAGUCCCUUAGUCCCGUCUUAAGCUGCUCAGUGUCUCCAGAUACUGGGUCCCCUCUACGAGACUCGGACUCUCGGUCAGGAGAGACGACAAUCCCCGAGAACUCGUCAAGUUCCAGUAGCAGGGAGACAUCAGUCGAGUCUGAAGCUUCCAUUGUACAAACUCGAAACUUUGCUGAGGAUUCAAUUUCUGGACAUGCCUGGUCGUCUAUACCUGCAUUAGACCCUGCCAAGGGUCCUGAAUACUCCGUAAAACAUUCAUUUGCCAACUCUACAUCUUCAGACACUAUAGUCACUGCCGAAACUUCCUCUACAGCGCCCAAAAAUACAGAAAGUGAAAGAUCUUCUCCUGAAGAAGACCGCUUGAGCUCGUCCAAGAAGAGUCGAGGGUCCGAGGAGCAGAAGACCAAAGAGAAGAGGAGAAGUUGUGAACUUGAUUCUUCUUCGUCGUGUGAAGAGCAGAACAAGAAACCUGUUAGCCUCAGGAGCGGAGUUCGGCUGGCGCAGGAGCUGCUGCAGAGCAUGGAGAGCAUCGUGACCAGCGAGCUCAGCGAAAUAAGACGCUGCACCGCCGAGCUCUCCUCCAGGUACGGUCUCAAGACCCGACCCCGGGACCUCGUCUCCCGGACCUCUGGUCCCACCACGAGUUCCUCUGGUCCCACCAUGAGUUCCUCUGGUCCCACCAUGGGUUCCUCUGGUCCCACGAGUUCCUCAUACGCGCGUAAAGUGAAGAACAUGUCCCAGUUCUACGUGGUAGCUGCUGGUCCCGCUCCUGAAGAAGAGAUGGGUCCGGCCGCGCGGUGUCGCAGCGAGCCGCCCUAUGGCACGGAGGAAGGACUCUACAGGGCACAGUCCUGCCCAGGGCUGCCCCAACCUCUCGUGGAGACCAGGGGGGAGGACCAGGAGGGUCUGGGGGAGCUUAGACCCACUGGUCCCCCGCUAUCUUCAAUCAUGCGUGCACGCCGACACCUGCCCAGCAAGGAGAAACUUCUGAACAGGUACUCAUGCGGUGCCCUUGAUGCCUCCAAGCCGCCCUCGGCGCCCUUCUCAGCGGACGUGGCGUUCGAGUCGUGCCCCGACCUGGGCACCCUGCGGCCCUCCCGCCCCUGCACCAGCGGCUCCUCAAGCUCCUCCGUCUCCUCCUCCCGCUCCUCUUUCUCACGUCUCCUCCCCGUCUCUUAGUCCCCGUCUCCUCCCCGUCUUUUAGUCGCCGUCUCCUCCCCGUCUCCUCCCCGUCUCUUAGUCGCCGUCUCCUCCCCGUCUCUUAGUCCCCGUCUCUUCCUCGUCUCUUAGUCGCCUCUCACUUCUUUGUGUUAAGAGUUUCUAAUCUUAACACAAAGAUCUUAAGAUAUCCUCAGGCAACAAGCACACAAAGUUCGUCUAGGGAGCUGCAAGCACCACCUUUGACGGUGACCAAGCGCCGCCCAGCAGCGGCACCGAGACAUGAACUGGGCUUCCCGAGGCUCGAACCCACGACUCGCUCCCAACCCAUCACCCCACUUCUCCCUUCCCUUACCCUUCAGCAGAGGUGGGCAAUAGCGCGCUACAUGUAGCGGCCGCUACCUGAAGGCCGCUACAUUUUCAGU